AUGUCAGUACCACCCCCACAGGCCUGGGGUGGAGGCUACAGCAGGAGGAUACAGCAGGAGGAUACAGCAGGAGGAUACAGCAGGAGGCUACAGCAGGAGGAUACAGCAGGAGGAUACAGCAGGAGGAUACAGCAGGAGGAUACAGCAGGAGGCUACAGCAGGAGGAUUCAACAGGAGGAUACAGCAGGAGGCUACAGCAGGAGGAUUCAACAGGAGGAUACAGCAGGAGGAUACAGCAGGAGGAUACAGCAGGAGGAUUCAACAGGAGGAUACAGCAGGAGGAUACAGCAGGAGGAUACAGCAGGAGGAUACAGCAGGAGGAUACAGCAGAAGGAUUCAGCAGAAGGAUACAGCAGGAGGAUACAACAGGAGGAUACAGCAGGAGGAUACAGCAGGAGGAUACAGCAGGAGGAUACAGUAGGAGGAUUCAGCAGAAGGAUACAGCAGGAGGAUACAGCAGGAGGAUACAGCAAGAGGAUGCAGCAGGAGGAUAGAGCAGGAGGAUACAGCAGGAGGAUACAGCAGGAGGCUACAGCAGGAGGAUACAGCAGGAGGAUACAGCAGGAGGAUACAGCAGGAGGAUACAGCAGGAGGCUACAGCAGGAGGAUUCAACAGGAGGAUACAGCAGGAGGCUACAGCAGGAGGAUUCAACAGGAGGAUACAGCAGGAGGAUACAGCAGGAGGAUACAGCAGGAGGAUUCAACAGGAGGAUACAGCAGGAGGAUACAGCAGGAGGAUACAGCAGGAGGAUACAGCAGGAGGAUACAGCAGAAGGAUUCAGCAGAAGGAUACAGCAGGAGGAUACAACAGGAGGAUACAGCAGGAGGAUACAGCAGGAGGAUACAGCAGGAGGAUACAGUAGGAGGAUUCAGCAGAAGGAUACAGCAGGAGGAUACAGCAGGAGGAUACAGCAAGAGGAUGCAGCAGGAGGAUAG